AUGUUGUUGAGGGUACGCGGUCCCGAUGGCAUGCUCCGCCUGACAUUGGAGAAAGAUGACACCUUUGCGGAUCUUGGCCGUCAACUCAUUCCCAAGCUUCCCCCGACUGUUGACCCGAAAACAAUUACAUUCUCGAACCAUCCGACCGGCAGCGACGCCAAGAAUCUCAGCGAGCGACCUGAAAACAGCCAUGGCGAUCUUAUUUUUGUCACCUACAAGCACAACGAUGCGGCGACCGACGGCCCAGGCAACGGCGAAGCCACCAAAUCCAGCGUGCUUUCAUCCACGAACCGCCUCAACGGCAAACCGAUCCUACCUGCAGAAGACUUGCCCAUCGACCCGCCUCCGCUGACAUCUCCGCAUGAACAUAUCAAGAACCCGUGGGAAACGGUGAGGCAGUCGCCUUUGGACGAUCGGCUAGACAGGCGUGACGGAAAGAUCCCAAGGGGGCGCGAUCAUAAGAUGUGUCGCCACGGGCCCAAGGGUAUGUGCGAUUACUGCAUGCCCCUUGAUCCGUUUAACGCAAAGUAUCUCGAGGAAAAGAAAAUCAAGUACAUGUCAGUACACGCAUACCUCCGCAAAAUCAACUCUGCGACAAACAAGCCCGAGCUUGGGGCUUCGUUUAUCCCCCCGCUUGUCGAACCCUAUUACAGAGUCAAGCGGGACUGUCCAUCGGGCCACCCUCAAUGGCCUGAAGGUAUCUGCACAAAAUGCCAGCCCAGCGCUAUCACUCUCCAGCCCCAGCCAUUCAGAAUGGUGGACCACGUCGAGUUCGCGACGCCCCAGAUCAUCGACAAGUUCCUCAAUCCCUGGCGUAUGACCGGAUGCCAACGGCUUGGUAUCCUCUACGGCAAAUAUCUCGAAUACGAUGUUGUUCCGCUCGGCGUCAAGGCUGUCGUGGAAGCCAUCUACGAACCACCGCAGGUUGACGAGAUCGACGGUGUUACUCUCAACGCGUGGGAAAACGAGAAGGAUGUCAACGAGGUAGCAAGACUAUGCGGACUGGAGCCUGUGGGUGUGAUCUGGACGGAUCUCCUGGACGCUGGCAAGGGUGACGGGAGUGCCAUCUGCAAGAGACACACCGAUUCCUACUUCCUCGCGGCUCAGGAGAUCUGCUUUGCGGCGAGGCUCCAGGCACAGCACCCAAAGCCUACCAAGUGGAGCGAUACAGGCCGGUUCGGCUCCAAUUUUGUCACUUGCGUCAUCUCUGGCAAUGAGCAGGGCGAGAUUUCGAUCUCAGCCUAUCAGAUGUCGAACGAUGCAGUCGAGAUGGUCAGGGCAGACAUCAUCGAACCUUCCACGGACCCCGGUCAAAUGUUGGUGCGUGAAGAGGAGGAUGACGAUGGCUCAGUCAGCAGGACGAGAUACAUCCCCGAGGUGUUCUAUCGCAAGAUCAACGAGUACGGAGCAAACGUCCAAGAGAAUGCAAAGCCCGCAUUUCCCGUCGAGUAUCUCUUCGUCACUUUAACCCAUGGUUUCCCUGAAAGUCCGCGGCCUGUUUUCACGAAUGACGGCUUCCCUAUCGCUAAUCGUGAAUUUGUCGGCGAAGCCCAGGAAGCCUCAGCAGUAGCAAAGAUUCUUAAGGUGAACCAAAAGUCCGACCAAUUCGACGUUAGCAACUUCCACUUGCUCUGCUUUAUCCGGCAGAUGAGCGUGCUGUCCAAGGAUGAGGAGGCACUCCUUUGCCGCGUAGCAACACAACAUGACCUUGCCGACGCCUUCCAACUCCGGGCGACAGAGGGGUGGAGGACCCUGCACAUGAUCUUGGAAUCCACUGGUGAGAGACUUCCCAAGCGCCCCAGAACUGAGGAUGCUAGUUUUCCCUCGGUUGACAGAUCCUACCUCAGCCACCACCCAUUGAUGCAAAGGAAUCACAACUCGACGGAUGAACCACUUGCUAAGCGUUUUGCUGCUGUCAGGCUGAACGAACAUCGCCCGCCACCGCCUCCACCUCCCGAAUAG